AUGGCAAGCUGCGGGGUCCUUUUAGGCAACGAAGUUGGGUGUUCUCGAAGUAGGAGACUGCAGCGCCAGAGCGGCCUUGGUGGCCUGGCCCUGGCAGCCCCAGGAGGCCGGGCCCGGCGCACCGCAGAGACCACUGUAUCCACACCUCCUCCGGGGUGGCAGCCGUCCUGCCGCCUCCGUCAGGCUCUCAGGUCCCCAACUCGGGAGUGCAGCCAGGGCAAGUACCGGGGAAGCAGUGAGGUGCUCGAGGGGGAUGCCGGAGGCUCAGAGCCCAGGUGGGGUGGGUGGCCCGGGGUCUCGGUGGGAGGGAGCCUCGUGGUGCGUUGGCGGCUGAGAGCCAGCGGACCAUCCCGGACAGCCUCGGACAACUCGGAAGCGGAUUUUCCAGCCUCCUGCCUGGGGGACACAACUGAGUUGGAUGGGGGGGACGCUCUGCAGGCCGUCCGGGGGCGCUGGGCCUCCCCUGCCUGGGCUGCCGCGGGGGUCGGGGAGCCGGGGCGCACCCUGCACCCCCCGGGCCCGGGUUCCCGAGCUCCCCGCAGCCAGCGUCGGAGCCCCGCCGCCUCGGUCCCCGCCCAGCUGGUUCCCCCACCCCACCCCCCGCGGGCCGCGCUGAAACCCGAGCGCGAGGGGGCGGGCCGCGCGGCGGCUGGGGCGGCGGGGCAGCGCCGACAUUGGAGGGGACCCGGGGGAGGGAGGGCGAGGGAGGGGCGCGCGGUGAGGGGGGGCGCGCCGGGCGCCCGCGGCCGAGGGGGAACGAGCCUCCCGGCUCGCUGCUCCCGCCGGCGGAGCGAGGCUGCCCUUUCUCCGCAGCGUGAUUUAUUUUCCUCUUCUUUUCUUCUAAACUCUUCUUCCAGGGAGAGGCUAGUGGUAACAGGCCGAGCUGGAUGGAUGGGUAUGGGGAGAGGGGCAGGACGUUCAGCCCUGGGAUUCUGGCCGACCCUCGCCUUCCUUCUCUGCAGCUUCCCGGCAGUGGCAGAGGAGCUGAUCUGCACUAAAGUCGGAGAAGCUGCAGGUCCGAUGGAGAGCCGGGAGGAGAGCAGGCUGGGUGCUGGAGAAAGCACAAAGCGUAGCACCGCCUCCCAGAGUGAGGUCCCCCGGUUCCCGAGAAUCUCCGGCGUGGCAUUGCCCAGUGACACAAAACCUGUCACCGGCCGCCUUGUUGACCCAGUGCACUGGCCGCUGGCCACGCUGGAAAGCGGCCCCUGGGAACUGGUCUGCAGGGGCAAGGCCACGGAACGCCUGGGGACCACGGGCCUCCCAGCUGGGUCACCUCAGUCUCCCCAGCAGGCUGAGAGCCCCGCAGCCUUCUGUUACCUCCUCACCAGCCAGGAGGCAGCACGAGGCUGGGCCCCCGGAGACCCAGCCGUGACAGGGUCCGUGUCUGUGGCCAAGUUGGUCUCAGGCCCCCGGGCAGACCGGGUUACCCGGCGCCAGGCCUGGUGCGGCGGAGGGGCCUCAGGCCCCCCUGGGAAGGGGGACGGCAAAGACAAGAGUGGCAGCUGUACCCCUGGCCGAGCUAGCAGCGAGCCGCCCAGCUCUCGACAGGCCCCUUCAUGCUGUGACUUGUGGUGGAGUCCCUGGCGCUGGUGCCAAGAAGAGUCUAGUCCAGGCCCCUCGCGCACUCCCGGCCCGGCCCAAUCACCCAUACGCUUCACCAGUGUAAGCAGUGAUGAGACAGCCUGGACACCUCCGGCCGGGCCCUCACUGCCCUGUUGGUUUGCUCAGCCUAGAACUUUAGCUUUGCUCCUGAGACUCCAGGCUGAGGCCGCUCCAUGCCUGCUGCCCCCUCGGCCUCCUGUCUGUGCCCCUGGCCGCCACCCGCCCCCCGCCCACCUCCCAAACUGUAGCCACACUGCCUGGCCUGUGGCCUGGCCCCAGACCGUGCCCUGGGCCCCGGCCUCUCCGGGCCCUGGGCCCGAGCUGAGGCCCUUCACAGCUCCCCUGCCUCCCCCUGCCCGCAGGACCUGCUUGCUAGGCCUUCAUUGUGCCCCUCCCACUGCCACAUUGCCCAGGGCGCCCAAGCACAAAAUUCAGCCACGGCCAGGACAUCCGGGGCCCCCUCAGCCUGCAGCGCCCCACAGGACUAGAAGACGCAGCAACCGCACCUGCGUCUGUGGUUCUCAGGAGGAGAGUUACUUGUGGAGCCGCCCCACCAUCUGCUUCUCCUCCAGCAGCUCAGCCCAGGCCCUCACCCCCGGCUGCAGGCGCCAGCAGACAUGGGCCUCCCUGCUCCUGCCCUCACGGGGGCCGCGUGCCGACCCUGGAGCCCCCACCCCGCCCCCCGUCUUCCUUCGUCUGACUGGUGCCCUCCUCGUUUCCCCCUGCUCACCUCCGAGGCCUGGCUGGGUGACCACUCGGGGCAGCCCUGCCACAGUGGCCUCUGCAGGCCUUGGCCCACCCGUUCUUUCUGUGAGCAUGAGCCUGUCCGCAUCUACCUGCCGUUACGCUCAGCCAGGGGCUGACAGCCCUUUUGAAGGCAUCUGGCGGCAGGUCCGCGGGCGGCUUGAGAGAUCACCAUCACCAGCAUGGGCUGGGCCUCCCCUGCACCACCAUCUCGGCACCGCUAACCCCCUCUCUCCAUCCCCUUCCCCCUCCUCCCGGCAGCUCACCAUCAUCUUCAAGAACUUCCAGGAGUGCGUGGACCAGAAGGUGUACCAGGCGGAGAUGGACGAGCUCCCCGCCGCCUUUGCCGACGGCUCCAAGAACGGCGGGGACAAGCACGGGGCCAACAGCCUGAAGAUCACGGAGAAGGUGUCGGGCCAGCACGUGGAGAUCCAGGCCAAGUACAUCGGCACCACCAUCGUGGUGCGCCAGGUGGGCCGCUACCUGACGUUCGCGGUCCGCAUGCCCGAGGAGGUGGUCAACGCCGUGGAGGACCGGGACAGCCAGGGCCUGUACCUCUGCCUGCGGGGCUGCCCCCUCAACCAGCAGAUCGACUUCCAGGCCUUCCGCGCCAACGCCGAGGGCCCCCGCCCGCACAGGCCAGAGGCCGCCAGCCCCGCGCCCGCAGCCCCGGACACCUUCCCGUACGAGACGGCCGUGGCCAAGUGCAAGGAGAAACUGCCCGUGGAGGACCUCUACUACCAGGCCUGCGUCUUCGACCUGCUCACCACGGGCGACGUGAACUUCACGCUGGCCGCCUACUACGCCCUGGAGGACGUCAAGAUGCUGCACUCCAACAAAGACAGGCUGCACCUGUACGAGAGGACUCGGGAGCCGCCGGGCCGGGCAGCCGCCGCGGGACUGCCCCCCGCCCCCCGGCCCCUCCUGGGCAGCCUGCUGCUCCUCGCCCUGCUCCCUGCCUUCCUGGAGGCUGUGGCCGCUGGUCAGGAGAGGAGGCAGCCGCUGCCGGCGGGCUAUGGACGGUUACCUCAGAGCUGCCCUGGGCUGUGUGCUGGUGGCAAGAGCCCCCGGGCAGGGGAGCUUGGGCUGCAGGGCGUGGGCAGGAGGCGCAAUGGACAGGGCCAGCUGGCCUGCCCUGAUCCUCUUCGUUCCCCUCACCUGCCCCCCAGAGCCCUGCUCCCCACCAGUCCACCCACGUCUGCAGGCUGGGGAGAGGAACAGGGUCUGCAAGCUUCUCAGCCCCGAGCAUCCCUGGCUGGUCUCGUCCCUCGAGUCCCCUCCCUUAAGCCCGUGGCCACACAGCCAGGAGAGGGGGGCUUGCCGCUGAGAGCCCUGGCGCCCACCUCCUGCCAGCCCGGGCUGCCCAUCCGAGGAGCCCUGAACCAGUCCCGCCUCUGCUGCUGUCCCAGAGAACCCAGGGACCAACACCGGGCCAGGCUCCACCCCCAAAAGGGGCAGGAGGGCGGUUCCCACAGCCCCGCACUGUCCUGGCCCUCCGGUCUCGGUCUCGGGGCAGCCCUUCUGCUGUUCCCCAGGGACCUCUCAUACACUGGCGCAGGAGGCUCCCCGCCUCCCCUCCAAGAGGUCCCCUUUCUCUGCCCGACCCCAGGGCAGGCAGAUCAGCUGCGUGCAUUUGGGGGACGAGCCAGGCAAAGAGCGGUGGAGACCCUUUUGGGCAGAGGGCCUGGCCCGCCAGCGGCGGCGUUUGAGGGGCAGCAGGAAACUAUGGGACUGGACGGCCUGAGCGCACGGACCGGGGUCCAGGCGAGGCUGCCGAGCGGCGGGAGGGAGCACUGCAGGCCCACCAGCGAGGGACGGAGACUUGACGUUUUGUUCCAGCUGCCAGAGGAGGCCCUUUGCCGCUGGCAGGGACAGACGGGAACGGAAACGGGAACAGCAGGGGCCGAGAAGGCUGCUCAGAGGAAACCACUUUUGAAUUGCAUCUUGGAGAUGAAGGAGAUUCGUCAGGCCCGGGCAGGUGUGCCUUGCCAACCCUCAGCUCAGAGGGUGGGGCCCUCGUCCUCGUUUGCCGAAUGUGUCAGGCUGAGGCCCGAGUGUGAGGUUUCUCCCAAGAACACGUCUGAGGAGCGUACCUGCUCCCCUUCAAGUCCCAUUGGCGAGACCCACGCCCCGCUCACCAUCAGCAGCAUCCGUCACGUCACAGUGAAGCAAAUCGUGUGCCGUCCCACACCCAUCGCAGUGACAGGCCAGAACCAGGCUGGAAUGGGAUGGGGUGUCAAAGUGCAGGAGUGGCGACCCAAACCCAAGCUGGACCAAGUGAAAGGCCCCCACUCCUUGAAGUGCUCCUUCCGCCGGCAAGCUGACAGCAGCAGCAUGUCCAGAAACUCCGCUUGCUGGUCUAGGUAA